CACACACACACACACACACACUCUCUCUCUCUCUUUCUGUCCGUCUUUCUUUCUAUCUCUCAGUCAGUAAUAAUGGAGCCCAGCAGUCCGAAGAAGAUCCAGUUUGCUGUACCUCCGCUGCAGGGACAGCUGGACCCACAGGCCGCCGAACAUAUCCGUCGCAGGAGACCAACUCCUGCCACUCUGCAGAUCUACAGACAACCUGGCACAGAUGUUGGAGAUCAACACAGCGCCGGCGGAGAGUCGCAGGCUUCAGAUGCCUCUCAGAGGAAGCAGAGCACCUACGCCCCGCCCACCAUGAAAGGGAAGCUGAAAAGUCCUGUACCCGAGGAAGACGAGGAGGAAGCCAACCCUCAGGACGACUGAUCCAGCAGGAUCAGAGGCGGCCGAUUCACCUUCGACAUUCUGGACAAACCGACAGAGUCUGGCGUCCAUCUUUGAGUGUAGCACCUACAUGGCAAGACAUGGAUGAGUGGGAGAGUUGACCUCUGUGCAGCUUAUUCAGAGACAGCAGUUAGUGUUUAAUUAGAGUAGGUAAAGAAACGUGUGAAAGCAGCACGCCCAGGUUCACUCUUACCGAACUGACCUGGAAACAGGCCGGCUGUGAGAGCCGACUCACCUCACUGAGCACAUUCACCUAAAAGUGACCCCGCUAACCCCUGAGUUUAACUCUCACUAAAGUUAAAACUACCUUUGUUUGCCCUGUUUUAGCUCAUAGGUUAGUUGGAAGUAUGAUUUUCCGUUUAACAGAAGCAGCAAACUGAUCAUUCACUGCCAGAACAGCAGCUAAAAUAAACAGUCACACUUUUAGCAGGAAACUCUUGGAGUAACUUGUUCUUAGUCUUAUGAACCAACAAUCAUCGUAAAUGUUGUGAUUUUCAGACGUAUGCACCGAAAUAACAUUUAAACUGAAGGAAUCUAGAUGAGUUCAAUUUUAUAUUUGGUCUGCUAGCUACUACAGUGCAGCCUAGUUAGCUUCCUAGCAAGGACGCUAGUUAGCUAACGGCUAAAGCUAAUUCAUUCACAGAUCUGGCUACUUCUUUGUCACCAUUAAGGGUCAGUUUACUUAUAAACAAAUUAAAAACUUACAAUCAAAAUCUUGAUUGCAACAAAUUAAACCAGAUAACGGACUUAACAUUUAAGUAGUGAAUAUUGCAUCGUGGCUAGCUAAUCACAUGACCGUUACUGUGGCGCUCACCUGUAGAAAUCAACGCAGGUUUUGUGCUAGUCCGGAUCCAGGACUAGCACAAAACCUGUUAUUUCUUGACAAUCUUCUGGGUUGUUUUCCCUCCUCAAGUUUUCAAGAUGUCCACUGUGUGAUCAGGAAUUUGCAGGUGACACAACACCUGGAAAACAUACUGUACCUACAGGAAUACAACGCAAAACAAAUGCAGUAGAUGCUACCAGCUACUAGCUCUUCGUCAAGGUUGAUUCGCAGACUCUGUACAAACACGUUUCAAAGCGGACAUUUCGACAUAUAGCCUAACAGGACGACAUGUGUAAUUAAUACCUUUAAUGAUGGCCAUCAUUAUUAUUAUUAUUUUUUUUUUUUUUGGUGUUUUCGUAGCUUGUAGACAAAAGAACAAGUUGAGUUAUAUAAUAUGGAGUUUGCCAUUUGUUAUCAAGCAGAGUUUUCUGCUUUGCAACAUGCAAAGCGAAACAUCCGUUUACAAUCGAGACAGCACAGGUUUCCUCUCAUUUUGAAAUAAACUGGGGUGAUAAAUCAGAUUAUUGCAAUGUAUCUUUGUUGAAUCAGUGAUGGAUCAACUUGUUCUAUCUUUUUCUGUUAAUCUGUAUAUGCGGUAUGUAUCUUCGUGACUUACAGUAUCAAUAACAGCAAUAAAAGGGCAGAAUUGAAUUUAUACAUAAUUUUGAGUAUAUAAAUACAGGCUGUGUUAAU